AUGGAGGCAUUCCUUGGUACCUGGAAGAUGGAGAAAAGUGAGGGUCUCGAAGAUGUAAUGGAACGCCUUAAAGUGGACAUGCAGCUUCGCAAGAUGGCCACUUCGUUAAAACCCGACCUUAUAAUCAGUGACCUGGGUGACGGCAAGUAUAGUAUGAGAUUGGACAGCCCGUCUAGCAAGUCCGAAUGCUCCUUCAAACUGGGUGAAAAGUUCAAGGAGAUGACUCCGGAUAAACGUGAGGUCUCGUCAUUGAUCACAUUGGAGAACGGGGUGAUGAAACAGGAGCAAGUUGGCGAGGACAUCACCGUCCACAUUGAACGUGUGGUUGAAGGCAAUGAGCUGAAAGCGACCGGAAGGGUGGAUAAAGCGGUUUGCGUGCUAACCUUCACAAAAGUUGCGUAA